UUUUCUUUUUCUUUUCUUUUCUCUUUUCUUUUUUUUUUUUUUCAAAUAUAAAAAAAAACUUUUUAUCUUCUUUUUUAUAUACUUAUUAUCAAUUUUUAUAAUGGCUAAAGAAAAGGUUACCAAGAAGGCUGGUGCAGCUAAGAAGAUGACUCCUUAUAAUAAGUUUAUGAAGACUGAACUCGCUAAGGUCAAGGCUGCUGAACCUGGUAUUGCUCAUAAGGACGCCUUCAAGAAAGCUGCUUCUAACUGGGCCAAAUCUCCUGAAAAUCCCAAGAACAAAUAAACUAUCUUUAUUUUUUUUAUCAAUUAUAUGUUAGUAUAUUUCCUGUUUUUACUUCCAUCUUUAUCUGUGUUGUCAUAUCUGUGAUAUGAAGUUAAAAUGAAUGAAAUAAAGAAAAGCAAAAAAUCACAUAUUGAUUAUCCUUA